UAAUUAUUCAAUAAUUGAUAGACGAUUGAAAAAAAAAAAAAAGUGUUAUUGUUUACUCACAUCAUUCAGCCGAGUUUUGUUGGACGACUGAAGAUCACAAAUGAAGACAUUUUUCCCAUUUGCCUCGAUCUCCGCAUGCAUUUUCGAUACAGUCUAUAAAUAAAUUGAUUGUAAGUAAUUGUACAUAAACGUUUUUACAAUGAAAAAUAGCGUAUAAUCAGUGCAAUGUAUGAAGGAUCAAAAGUGCAAGCGAUAGUAGUUGAAUAUUUUUGUCCACCGAGGGUCACGUCACGUGACCGAUUGCUGUUUAGUGAUUAAUGAUAAUAAUAAAAAGAAAAAAAAAACAAGCGAGUAAGAGAAAUUUCGUAAAAAUCGAAUAAUCGGGUAUUUUUGUAUAAUAAUGUUUUUUCGGUUGUGAUUAUUCCAUUAUCACGGUACAUGAGUCCAGAUCGGGGAGUGAAUAGUAUAAAUAACGAGUGGAAUUGGCCAGAAGGUAUGAGUCGUAGUAUUCAAGUGUAACAAUGAAGUUGCUGGUGUUGCUGUACUUGGUGCCAUUGGCCCUUGCGACCCUUGACAAGGACAAGACUCCGGAUGGCCCCAGAAUGACGACACCCUUGGGAGGCGUCCGAGGUUUCUACAAGUACUCUCAGAAUGGCAGAAAGUUUAUGGCUUUCGAGGGAAUUCCGUACGCACAGCCGCCAGUUGGAGAGCUACGCUUCAGGCCUCCACAAAAGCUGAGCCCGUGGACCGGUGAUAUGGUGGCCCUGAAGACAGGUGCCCCCUGCCUCCAGUACCAGCACACCCCCCUCAACCAGAAGGAAAGAAUAGUCGGCUCUGAAGACUGUCUCUACCUGAACAUUUACAAACCUCUGACCGAGAAAAGCAAAGCCCUCCCCGUCAUAAUUUGGAUCCACGGUGGUGCAUUCCAGUGGCAUAUGGAGGCCCGCGACGGACAAUUCACUAAACCCGACUACAUAAUGGAUCGUGAUGUUAUUCUGGUCACCUUCAGCUACCGUGUUGGACCCCUGGGUUUCUUGUCAACAGGUGAUGACCUGAUCUCCGGUAACAUGGGUCUCAAGGAUCAGAAUAUGGCAAUUCACUGGGUCAAGGACAACAUCAAGGGAUUCGGUGGUGAUCCUGAGGAGAUGACUCUCUUUGGUUUGAGCGCUGGUGGUGUCUCGGUUCACUAUCAAUACCUGACACCCCUGACCAAGCCUGGUCUAUUCAAACGUGGACUCUCCUUCAGUGGUAACGCACUUAACCCAUGGGCCAUCACCGAGAAUGCACCGGAGAAGGCUAAGAAACUCGCCAGCAUCGUCGGCUGCCCAACGGCAGACGCCACCGAGAUGGUCAAGUGUCUCAAGAGCCGUCCCGCCCGCCAGAUUGCGCGUACCGACAUGGAUUUUAUGGUAUUCGAGUUCAACCCAAUGACGCCCUUCGGACCAGUCGUUGAGAAGACAACAGCGGAAUCCCCCUUCAUCACCAAGAUUCCCCACGAGAUAAUCAUGAAGGGUGAAGCCCUAGACGUACCCUGGAUCACUGGAGUAGUCCCCGAGGAGGGUCUCUACCCAGGUGCCGACUUUUGCGCCAACCCUGUCCUUCUCAAGGAGUUGGACGCCAGAUGGGACGAGCUAGCCCCCCACAUCCUUGACUUUAACUACACAAUUCCCCUCAACAAGCAGAUGGACGUCGCCAGGAGGCUCAGGAAACACUACAUCGGCGAUGGACCGAUUGACAAGAGGACAGCUAUGAGCCUCGUCCACAUGAUCGGUGAUCGUCUCUAUGUCAUGGGUGGUGUCAAGGCUAUCAAGCUGAUGGCCAAGUACAACAAGAGCCCCAUGAGGUACUACUACUUCACUUACCACGGCGCUGACAGUUUGUCUUACGCUAUGACGAUGACUAACGAGGAUUGGGGUGUUGCCCACGGCGAUGAUCCUUACUACGUCGUUGGAUCACCCUUCAUGGACCCCACGACCACUGAGGAGGAUCGUGCCAUGCAGAGGGAACUCCUGGACAUGUGGACGACUUAUGCCAUCAAGGGAAAACCUGAGGUACCACUGGACUGGACUACAAUAGACCCCUCCAAGGAGGAACUCGUCUACCUCCACAUCAAAGGACCAGGAAAGUACGAGAUGGACUCUGACAAGAACUUUGGACAAAUCAAGCUGUGGGAAAGCAUUGAUUUCGACGAGGGCAAAGUUGGGGGGAGAAAGGUCGAGUUGUAAAUCCAUAGUUGACGAUUGUUGUUUCUCAUUGAUAUUAUUGAUAUUGUUGUAGUUUUAAUGUCAGUUUAUGGUGAAAUAUAUUUUGUGUAAAAAGUA